GAAUGAUUUGCCAGCCACUUCACCCACAGCCUACAGAUUGUGCUUUUGCAAAGGUCUGUCCCCUGCCAGUGUAGGAUGGUUAUUUUACCUCUCGACGGAAGAGCUCGACUGAGAGAGAAGCAAUCGAUUCCAAGAUGGUUGGGGCUCUGCUCUUUGCCGUUUGUUCCCUUGCUCUGCUUGAAUCUGGGGAGAGUAUCAAAUGCAACACUUGUCUCAUGAAGAGUCCCAACGCCGAGUGCAUGACUGGAGUCGAAGGUUGCAUGUCUCAGGGAGAAAAAUGCAUGACCAUCCGCAUCAGCCAAGAUGGAAAUGAGAAAUUCAGGAUCCUGGGCUGCACCAGACAGAAGAAAAAAGGCUGCGGGGUAAACAAGGAGUCGCACGGCCACCGGAUCAGCAUCCGAUGCUGCUCUUCGGACUACUGCAACGUCUAGCAAGGAGCUGGGAAUCCACCCCCGUCUCCAUAAUUCUUCCUUCUCUUCUCGCAUCUGCGCUCCGUUUUGUCUCCCCUCCUCGGGAGCCAAGCCAAGAUGUGAGAAAAGAGCGGGGAAUGGAAACUUACAGAUCUUUGCAAAACUCCCCUG